ACAUCAAAGUAGUCCUUCGGUCAUUCCAGAACUCUUCGCCAUCAGGCACGUGUACCGGUAAGCGAUCCGUCGCCGCCCCAUCCACUUCAAUGAUGCAUUUCCGAAAUUUCGGAACCGUUCCGAAGUUGCCAAGCGUUUCCGACCUCGUCGGCAGAAGAAUCCAAGCUGCGUCACUGCAAACACAAUCCGUAACCACCGCGCAGCCCCUCUCCAAUCUACCCGACUAGCCAUGUCAGGGGGUUGGAAUACAAUAGAAAGCGAUGCUGGUGUCUUCACCUACCUCAUCGAGAAGCUCGGCGUCAAGGACGUCCAGUUCGACGAGCUCAUAACUCUGGAACCGGACGAGCUUCGGCGCCUCGGAGAUAUCUAUGGUGUUAUCUUCCUCUUCAAAUACCCCACGGGCGAGCGUCCGUCCGAGACGCCUAGGGAUGGGACCUUUGAUUAUGAGGCGGCAAACGACAUCUUCUUCGCCGCCCAGACGAUACAAAACGCAUGUGGGACGCAGGCUCUGCUUUCGGUGCUACUGAACAAGGACGGCGAGGUGGAUAUCGGGAACGAGUUGCGAGACUUCAAGGCAUUCUCUGCCGAGUUCCCACCAGAUCUACGCGGGGAGACGUUGUCGAACUCGGACCUCAUCCGAGAGGUGCACAAUUCGUUUGCCAGAUCCUCGCCAUUUAUAGACGAGACUCAGCGGGCGGCGACAGAAGACGAUGACGUCUAUCACUUCAUCGCCUAUACUUCUAUAAACGGCAAGCUCUACGAGCUCGACGGCCUCCAGCCUGCUCCCAUAUCGCAUGGCGAUUGCACGGUGCCCGAUUUCCCUGAUAAGGUCAUUCCGGUCCUGCAACGCCGCAUCGCCCGAUACCCUCCCAGCGAGAUCCGGUUCAAUCUCCUCGCUUGCGUCCGCGACCUCCGGAUACGCGCCAGAGAGAUAGGUGAUCAGGAAGCACUGGAGGCCGAAGAGCGUAAACGGACCGAGUGGCUGUGGGAGAAUGCCCUACGGAGACACAACUUUGUCGGUUUUGUGGGUGAGCUGUUGAAAGUUGUAGUCAAGGACAAGCUGGCGCAGGGAGAGGACGCAUACAACAAGUGGGUGGAGGAGUCGAAUGCGAAGACGAGAAAGAGAGCAGAAGCCCGGAGGCAUCAGGCCGGCGCGGAUGAUGGCUGAAACCCCAUGUAAAUGGUGAAUACCGGAUUUCCAAUUUUUUUUCGAGCGAAGUGUCGGCGCAAGCUCCUCUCCUACUGCGAAUAUCCGUUCUGGAUAUUGGUGAUGGACCGGCCGUGUAACAGGACGGACAAGCUUGCAGGAAAAGAACCAGUGCGAUAAAGCUAGCUUGCGCUUGCUGUCAUCUGCACCCCAAUUGUCCACCUCUUCGAGAAGUAAUAUGCGUUUUUCUUGGCAACCACAUAAAGAGUAUAUUGCGCUAUUUACGUAGAUUCAAGCCCCGACCCGAAA